CUCUCGGUUAUAUUUUUUUUCUUUCUCUGUUUAAUUAUUCCACUGUCUGUGUACACAGUACAGUCUGAGGAAAAAGUAAACUUGGAAAAUGAAACCCCACCUAUCCGGGGCUGGGGUCUAUUUUGUGUGCUGGUGCUAGUUUUGAUGGUGUGGUGUGGUUGGGAGCAUAAAAUUAAAAUCACUAUAUUCUCUCUCUCUUUCUCUCUCACAGUAUGAGUUGUUUAUAAUUUGAAAAAACGUGAAGGCAGCCAACAAACUAAGGGGUUCUUCUAAUUCUUGGUAGUUCUUCUGUUUUGUAUGGACAUGAAGGGAUAUUCAGUUUCCUGGACAAAACAUAAGAAAGAGCCAUAUUUUGCAGCUCAUCACAGAAGAAGACAACACCAAUGCAUACAAGCACAUCAUGAUGCCACAGAAGAAACAACUUCACCAAAUCAUUCCUUCAAAUUGGCUCUUUCCACUUCCCAAAAUACUCUACUACCUAUGCUACCUGCCCUUGUUGCUUUCCUCCUACUCCUUACUUCAAUUGGCACAGCAUUCUCUCACCCCAUUGCUUCCAAUUCACCUUUGCCAGUACUCUCUCACCACAAUGCUAACCACACUUUGAGACCAGCUGCAGUGUUGCAAAAGUUCAGGAGAAUCAGAGCUCACCUCAAGAAGAUCAACAAGCCUGCUGUUAAAACAAUCAAGAGUCCAGAUGGAGAUUUGAUAGAUUGUGUUUUAUCUCAUCAGCAACCUGCUUUUGACCAUCCUAACCUCAAAGGGCAAAGACCAUUGGAUCCACCAGAAAGGCCAAAGGGUCACCACACCAAUGGAGAAACUGCCAUAGAGAGCUUUCAGCUUUGGACUGAUUCUGGUGAAGUGUGCCCAGAAGGAACUGUUCCAAUCAGAAGAACAACUGAACAGGAUUUUCUACGAGCAAGCUCUAUCAGAAGAUUUGGAAGAAAACCAAGACGUGGUGUACGGAGGGACUCAACUGGCACUGGUCAUGAGCAUGCAGUUGUUUCUGUAAAUGGUGAUCAAUAUUAUGGAGCAAAAGCAAGCAUAAACGUGUGGACACCUAGCGUAACCGAUCCAUAUGAGUUCAGUUUAUCACAGAUAUGGGUUAUUGCUGGAUCGUUUGGUAAUGAUCUCAAUACCAUAGAAGCUGGAUGGCAGGUGAGCCCUGAGCUAUAUGGAGACAACUAUCCUAGGUUCUUCACUUAUUGGACAACGGAUGCAUAUCAAGCAACAGGAUGCUACAACUUACUAUGUUCAGGAUUUGUCCAAACUAACAACAGGAUAGCAAUAGGGGCAGCAAUCUCCCCAAGAUCCAUCUAUAAUGGCAGACAAUUUGAUAUUGGCUUAAUGGUUUGGAAGGACCCAAAGCAUGGACAUUGGUGGCUGGAGUUUGGUUCGGGGCUACUAGUUGGGUACUGGCCAGCAUACUUGUUUAGUCACUUGAGAAGCCAUGCUAGCAUGGUACAAUUUGGAGGGGAAAUUGUGAAUUCUCGUUCAAGGGGCUAUCACACUGGCACUCAAAUGGGAAGUGGCCAUUUUGCAGAAGAAGGGUUUAGAAAAGCAGCUUAUUUUAGAAACUUACAAGUUGUUGAUUGGGACAAUAAUUUGCUUCCUCUGUCAAAUAUUCACCAGGUGGCUGACCAUUCCAAUUGCUAUGACAUAAGGGUGGGAUCAAACAAUGUUUGGGGAACUUACUUUUACUAUGGAGGUCCUGGAAGGAAUGUGAGAUGUCCUUGAAGAUAUAUAAUGGCUCCUAUUAUACAUGCUUCUCUGUUAAAAAUAUAUAUAUUCUUUUUUUCUCCCACUGUUUCUUUUAAUUUUCUUUUGGGGAUUUUGCUUUCAUUACAAGCUUCACAUGAUUUGGCUAUAUUUGUUAAUUUUGGUUUUGGCUAACAGGUUAGAGACAGUUUGUUCUGUUAUUAGAGAUGAUGUAAAUCUACGAAAGAUAAGUUGUCAAUUUAUAACAUUAAAUCAAGGGGUUUUGUGUUUUCUUUA